GGUUUAGUAAAUUUUAUAUAUUGUCAUGUAUGUUGAGGCCGUUGGAAAAAACGAAUAUGUAUACAUUUUUGCUGAAAAAUCGUCAAAUAAUGUAAAUUCAGUAAAAUAAUAAUUUGAAAUCUUUGUCAAUCUACUCAUGGGAUCAUCGUUAUCGGAGCAAUAAAAUCAACUCUGCGCACUCGAUCAGUGCUGUAAUACACAUAUUUAAGCAGACAAAUUCGUUCCGUGCAAUAAUCAGCUGUCAAUUAACACAAAUAUUUAUUUUCAUUGUGGCAAUUAAUUUGUGAAAUUUUCGAAAACUAGGUUUGUUUUUUGCGAAUAAAUUCAAAGGAAUAUGACAAGUCAGUCUACUGGUAUUCAGCAACUUCUUGCGGCUGAGAAAAAAGCAGCAGAAAAAGUUACAGAAGCCAGGAAACGCAAAGCAAAGCGAUUGAAACAAGCGAAAGAUGAGGCGGUUGAGGAGAUCGAGAAAUACCGUGAAGAGCGCGAACGUAUAUUGAAGGAAUAUGAAGCAAAGUACAUGGGAUCACGAGAGGGUGUUGCUUUAAAAAUUGAGAUGGAUACUCAAAAUAAAAUGGAAGAAUUAAAAAAAGCUGUGGAAAAUCGUAAGGAAUUCCUAAUAACAGAUCUUUUGGAUCUAGUCUACAACAUCAAAUCGGAUGUACACAGGAAUUAUUCGAAGAAAUAAAAAAAACAAGAAAACGUAUGCCAUGAAAUAGUAAUUUGGACAAAUAUUUUAUGUAGAAUCGUAUUUUAAAUCGUUUACCUUAAAUUGUGGUAGUACAUGAAUUUCAUUGUUAUUGUUGUAAAUUUUAACUCGAAUAUUUUCAUUGUAAUACUCAUUGCUUUAGCUAUUUUUAAUUUGAAAAUUUAAAGUUGUUUCUUUUAUUUGUUAAAAAAAAAAAUGAUAUUGUUCAGCUAGUCAACCUUAAUGAGUUCUUCAAUAAAUAAUUUAUCAACCUA